AUGUCAGACGUUGGAAUAAGUGGGAUAAGAUGGGGGUUCGGCCCGCGUGUUGCGAUUGCGGAUGAGGAAGCAGCCUUGGAUACUACGCCGCUACUCCAGUCGGACACCUCCUUCCCCGAUGACGAGGAUGCAAGUAACCAUCCGCGAGUCACGAUUGUUGGCCACAACGACUUUAUACCACCGCAUCCUGUGUCUUCCGCUAUCGCAGAACCACCAAUUAUUUAUAACCCAUCGCUUCCAGCAGUUAUACCCAGCUCAGGCCCCAUGCACCUCGAUCGGUUCCUGCCUUCUACAGAAAACGACCGCUACAGCGCGCAGAUGGCGUCACAAGCUGGCGAAGGCGCCCACGCAUCACCGGGCCAUAUAUUAGCACCCAUUCUGAGAGAUCUGCAGAAGCUGAAAGCGCUGACGCCCGAGAGUCUGCCGCCAUACAAUCCGAAUUUCAAUGUCAAGUCGCAUGCCCAGGUUCUUAAGGAGAGACUACUGCCAAUAGGCAAAUUCAUCGCAGACUACCUAGACGAGGUUCCAGAGGCCAAGCGAGGUAACUCGGAAUUGCGGAUAUGCCGUUACAUCGCCGACGAGUACUGGCCGUUGCCUGUCGACGAUUUCACCUAUCUGAAGAUCCAGGAGAAAUACCGCAAUACGCUCUUCAAAAUAGCUACAUCUGGCGUACCAGCCGCCGGACCACCGCCUGGAGACUCGUCUUCAAACCGUCCAUUGACAGGCUCCCUGCUCAUGGUUGGAUCAGGACCCGAUCCGCCUCUUCCAGAGCAGCCACAAGCACACGAAGCCGGACAUGAAACAGGCCAUUUGCCAUCGGGUCUGAUAUUCGGAAAAGACACGCUGAGUCCAAACGCUGUCGCCAUAAGUUCAGAAGCCGCUGCAAGCGCAGAGAAGAGGGACUUGAACCAAUAG